GUGACGCUUGCGAAUUAAAGCGAGAGAGGGGUCCGUGACUUCAGGGGCGGGACAGGGCGGAGGAAUUGACUCUACGCCCCACAAGUUGGCCUGUGCAAGGAAGGGAGGGCCCUUAUCGUCCGUCCCCAGCCUUGUAUUGAGCCGGGGUUCAGGCGCUGACUGGGGCGCUCGGGGGCAGUACCUGUGGGUGAGGCUCCGCAGGGGCAGGGCGGAGGAGAAGGUGUGAACCGCCGAGGGGGCUCGAAUUCCCGCCCUGCGCCCCACCCCUGCUGCGGCCGCGCGGGGAGGAAGCGCGCAUAGGAGUGCAAAGUUUCCUUUUCUGCUUUCUCGUCAGAGGAGCUUCGACGGGCAGGGGUUGGGGGUGGAAAUGCUUAACUUCACUUUGAAAAGGACCCGGAGCCAAAGGGGUUAAAAUAAGCGACUUCCCACGUCCCGAGAACGCUGACCCCGCUAGCCAUGAGCAGCCGAGAUCACCUGUUCAAAGUGCUGGUGGUGGGGGACGCGGCGGUGGGCAAGACGUCGCUGGUCCAGCGAUAUUCCCAGGACAGCUUCAGCAAACACUACAAGUCCACGGUGGGAGUGGAUUUCGCUCUGAAGGUUCUCCAGUGGUCUGACUCAGAGAUGGUGCGGCUCCAGCUGUGGGAUAUUGCAGGGCAAGAGCGCUUCACCUCUAUGACACGACUAUACUAUCGAGAUGCCUCUGCUUGUGUUAUUAUGUUUGAUGUCACCAAUGCCACUACCUUCAGCAACAGCCAGAGAUGGAAGCAGGACCUGGACAGCAAGCUCACACUGCCCAAUGGAGAGCCAGUACCCUGCCUACUCUUGGCCAACAAGUGUGAUCUGUACCCUUGGGCAGUGAACCGGGACCAGAUCGACCGGUUCAGUAAAGAGAAUGGUUUCACAGGUUGGACAGAAACAUCAGUCAAGGAGAACAAAAAUAUUAAUGAGGCCAUGAGGGUCCUCAUUGAAAAGAUGAUGAACAAUUCCAGAGAAGACAGCAUGUCUUUGUCAACUCAAGGGAACUACAUCAAUCUACAAACCAAGUCCUCCUCCAGCUGGACCUGCUGCUAGUAGCAUUUGGCUUGUAUCCCGUUCUAGUUCUAGGAGGUCUUUUUAUCUCUUCCCUUUGGCUUCCCACCUAGCAUAAAAAACUUAAGAACAUUUGAACUGUCUUGCCAACUGACUAGAAAGGACAUUGUGACUUAUGUUUAUUUCUGCAUCUCCUGGAUGUUGCUCUGACUUACUGUUGGCCUAUGUGCUCAACGGUAAGUGCCUUCUGUAGGAGAACCAUCUUCUCAUCCCUCAAUUUGUGAUCUGGAAUUUUGUGAGAAGGAUUAGAAAUCAGAUCUGUGUUUUAAAAAUUGUAAUUCUUAAAUUAAUUCAAUUGUAAUUCUCCCAGCUCUCCGGAGGCUGAGACAAGAAGAGGGCCAGUUCAAGGCCAACCUGAGUUAACACUGCAAGACUCUGUCUCAAAAACAAACAAAAGAAUGGUCAAGCUUUUCAACAUCUUAUUUUGUGUAAUGAUAAUAUUUUGUCCCAUGAAGAAACUAAUUCUCACAUUAGGAUUUUCUAGUGUUUGUUCACCAGUAGGGUAGAGGCAGGGAUUUGGAGUUAUACAUUGAUGCCUUUUCUUUUUUCUGGAGAUAGGUCUCACUUUCUAGUCCAGGCUGGCCUUGUCCUCAUUAUCCUCCUGCCUCAGCCUCCUGACUGUUGGAAUUACAGGUGUGCACCAAGACAAUCUUGAUGCAUAAUGCUGCAAGUGAUAUCAGUUGGCUGGGUGCCCUGAAAUAGGUCUGCUUCUCACAUCAGACCGAAGGGAAGAGGAAGAGGUUAACAGAAUGGAAUGCAGUUUUAUGAACACUGGGUGGGUAGUACUUCAUAGCCACAGGAAGCAAACAUUAUGCGUGGGCUUUGGCCUUCAGGUGGAAAAUGGAUAGACAGAAAAUCAUUAGGUAAUUUAAGUGCCAAAUUGGGAAGUGUUCUUAGUAUCGAAUCAUUUCUAGACAGUUUAAUUUGUUAAAUUCUUCCCAGGAUAAUGAUUUACAGCCUACCCAGGGUUAUGAAUAUUCAUAGUGAACUUAUAGGCCUGAAGUUUUUGGACAGGCCUCAAAUAAGUGUGCUAAGUCAGUGGUUCCCAAAUGUGGCCUAUCAAAACCAUCUGGAAGCCAGGCACUGAUGGCUCACGCCUAUAAUCCUAGCUACUCACAAGGCAGACAUCAGGAGAAUAG